AUUAUAGUUCGGUACCAGAGCCCAUCAGCGAUAAUAUACACGUCCCAGAUUAUGGUAUUAUUUAGCAUUAUUGCUUGUUAAAAAUUAUAUACAUAACUUUAAUAAAAUGAAUUGUAUGAAUCUAGAAAAAAAUCCAGAGUUUAGGGUACACCUGCCCUGUAGUGGAAGUGUUAAUUUCGAAUGUAGCCAUAGCAACCAGCAAGCUUGAAGUGCGUCGUUGUUCUAAUCUUGUCCAUUAGCAACCCCAGCUCCUACAAACAGCAUGGUUUUUGGGGCCAGCAUGCCAGCAGAAAGAGACCCCGCGGAGGUAAUGGUGCCUGUGGGGCAGGGCAGCAAGGUGGACACUGUCCGGACUGCUAAGGGGCAGGAGAUGACCCGGAUAAGAGACCUGCCCCACCACCUGCGCUUCAGCGACAAACCCAAACCAGUGAACUACCGAGGCAGCCGACCCAUGCACCAGAGCACCCUGAAACUGUGGGGGCCGCCUUCGCAGACUGACUACACCACAACACAGCAGCAUUAUUUCUCUGGGAGAAGCUGGGGUGGGUGCCAACUGCCAACUGUCCCCAGACAAGCACUUUGUGCCUCUCAGCACCACUCUGAUCACCACCUGGGCACCCCCAAUGCAGGGCCACCCAAUACAUGGCCAGUCCAGUCCCACAGCCGGGAAGCUUUUGGGCCCAAAGAGGUCACUCCGCACAACGUGCUGCACAGUGCCACAGUGAAGAACUCCCACCACAACCAGACAGGCAGUUCCAUAAGGGAGGUGAUCAACCCCACUGGCACCCAGGAGAAAUACUGCACCACCUACUGGGGAGUUCACUGCAGCAGACCCACACGGCCUGGCUCAAGCAGCACCACUGGAUGCCCAACCCCUUGGCACAACUACAACAUCAUCACAGGAGAGGACCAGCCCUUUGCACCCAAAAGGAAAUACAAGAGACAAUCAGGGGACCGGGUAUUGUGGCAGGCAAGGCGCUGGGAGACAGACUGCCAUAGCCUGCGGCUCUAUUGAAGAAAACAGCACAGAAAGGCAGAGCCAUGCCUUUAUCAGCCCCUUGAGCUUGUGGAAUCACAGCUUACUAGGGAGCAAGGUUUGAAUGCAUUUGCUUUGAGACCUGCAUAGUUGGUACACAUCUCUCCCAACCUUUCAGCCAAAUAUUUGAGUAUAUUCAUGAUCUGUGAAACUAGACACUAUUGUUUAUCUUUAAUCAUAGUUUAGAUAUAUAUAUAAAAAAAAAAAUCUAAAUCAUUAUCUAAAAUUACACUUCAUAGAAAUUAACCUUGUGAAAUUAGGUUGUUAAUUAAAAAAAAAAAUGUGUGAUUAUAUAUAUAUAUAUAUAUAUGUAGAUAUAUAGAUAGAUAUAUAUAUAUAUAGAUAUAUAAAGACACACACAAGUUAUAAUAUGUGUAACAACUUAAGUUCCAUUGGAACAGGCUUUUGAGCCGUUAUGCACAUUAAGUUGUACUGUAGAAUCUUUAAAUAAAUUAAACCUUAAAAGCAAAUCAUGUCUUUAAAUUUCUACUGAUAAACAGACACCGUUUCAAUUCUUUACAAUAUUUUAUUUCUUCAGCAAGAAGCUAGAAAAAAAAAAAAAAAAAAUGUAA